GAGGUCUGUUUAUUUCGACAUUACAAAGAGUUUUAUAAACAAUGGCACCACUGCCAUGUUGCACUGAGCCUUGCUGUUGGAAAACCACACCAGUCUCCGGCUUUGGCUGUCAGAGAUGCACCUCCCCGACUUUCGUUUCCACAAAUAAGGCCAGUAUAAACCGCGGUGUAAAGCUUAUGCGGUAAGUGAUUUUAGAGGAAGUUGGCCAAUCAUUAACUUCUUUGGUAGAGUUAAAACGACGUCGCUGUGGAAUAGUGUUGACAUUUGACAAGCCAAAUAGACGUACGAUGAUAACCAAUGGCUGUAUUAGGAUACUGCUCCCCAGGCCUGGUGUCUCCAGGCUGGUUGUCCUGUCUCUUUCCUCCUCCCUGGCUCUGCUGCUACUCUACAGCUCUUUGAAUGGUCCUCAGAGCCCCUCUGCGCUGCACCAGGUCUUCCUACAUUUCAGACAUGUCCGCUCCUACCCCCUCCUCAGACGGCCUCGCUGCUGCCUCCUCCCUCCCCCCAACUCCAAAUUUAACCCUGGACCCAGUCACCCCAGACCCAACCCCUGGUCCCUCUACCCUGACUCCAACCACGACAUUGAAGCCAGCCCCAUCCUUCUGCUCCUAGCAAUCAAGUCCCACCCUGCCAACUCUGACCGCCGGGCUGCCAUACGAGCCACCUGGGGCAGGGAGAGGGAGUGGAGAGGCCAGGGCGUGAGGAGGGUGUUUCUACUGGGCCUGGGAAGAGACAGGGGGGAGGAGGGGGGAGACCCAGAUGUGGGGGAGGAGAGUGAGAGAUACGGGGACAUUCUCCAGUGGGAGUUCCGAGAAUCAUUUUUCAAUGUGACUCUGAAAGAGGUUCUGUUCUGGAGCUGGUUUCACCGGGAGUGUUCUACAACAGUUCUCUAUAUUCUAAAGGGGGACGAUGACGUUUACGUGGAUGUGGAGAGAGUGGUGGGGUUCCUACAGAACAGGGAGACAGGGAUGAGGAGAGAAGAAGAGGGAGAGACAGAGAGGGGGGGAGAGACAUUGAUAAGGGGAGGGAGAGGGAUGAGGAGAGGACAAAAGGGAGAGACGGAGAUAGGGGGAGAGAGAGGGAUGAGGAGGGAGACUGAGAUGAAGAGAGUGAUAGGACCAGGGGCAACGAGAGGGCGAGGAACAGAGGGAGGGGCAGGGAGAGAGCGAGGAACGGAGGGAGGGGGAGGGGCAGGGAGAGAGCGAGGGGCAGGGAGAGAGCGAGGGACAGGAGGGGCAGGGAGAGAGCGAGGAACAGAGGGAGGGGCAGGGAGAGAGCGAGGAACAGAGGGAGGAACAGGGUCUCCCCAGCCUCUCUACAUGGGACGUGUCUUUGUGGAAACCUAUCCUGUGCGUAUAUGGUGGAAUAAGUACUACGUCCCCUACUCCUUGUACCUUGGCCCCUACCCUCCCUAUGCUGGGGGCGGGGGCUACCUCCUCUCCAGAGAUGCCCUCUCUCUUCUCCUCCACGCCUCCACCAGGGUGCCUCUCUUCCCCAUCGACGAUGCCUACGUCGGCAUGGUCGCACAGGCAGCUAACCUAUCAGCCAGAAACCAUCCUGGCUUCAUGCCUGUGGAGUACUCUCCCUCCCACCACCCCUGUCACUACCUCAACAGUGUCAUGGUCCUCCACAAAUUGCUACCCACAGACCUGCUUCAUCUCUGGAGCUUCCUCCAGACCCAGGUGCACUCCUGUAGGGACUCUGCCCAGGAUGGGCUCACCUUGGCCAGAGCGAACUCCCCUGGUUAGGAUUGGAGGGAAAGCUGAUCCUAGAUCUGUACCUAGGGCAGGGGGGGUAUCAAAUUAUUUUGUUCUGUGGGACACAGUUGGUCUUCACUGAGGUUUGCAUUGAGAAUUUGCCCAAAAUAGGUCGUCUGUUUUUGGAAUGUUCAAUGUUACCUGACGUUCUAGCUCAGGGGUGGGCACCUCGCCCUCCAGGGCCUGAUGGGUGUCAGUUUUGCCCCAGCUAACACACUUGACUCCAAUAAUCACCAAAUGUAUUUUUAUUUAACCUGGCAAGUCGGUUAAGAACAAAUUCUUAUUUACAAUGAUGGCCUAGGAACAGUGGGUUAACUGCCUUGUUCAUGGACAGAACGACAGAUUUUUACCUUGUCAGCUCGGGGAUUUGAUCUUGGAACCUUCCGGUUGCUAGUCCAACGCUCUAACCACUAGGCUACCUGCCGCCCUAAUCAUGCUCAUCAGUUUAGAAUGCAAUUUGAUUCAUUAGCGUUUGCUAAGGAUGGAGAAAAAGUGUGAACGCCAAUCAGGCCCUUGAGGACUGGAGUUGCCCACCCCUGAGCUAGAACGUCAGGUCCAGCAAGCUGCUGGACAGACUGAAGAGACUAUAAAUGUAGGUUCAUUAUCAUGUUUAACCCCUGACCCAGGGAAACCUGGAGUGAGAUCUUAGAUGUUUGGUCCGACGGGAUUAACAGACAGUAUCAUUUAAUGCACUGAGCAGCGUCAUGAAUAACCUCAGGGAUCUUUCACUGUGGAUUGUUUUUUUUAGAUUUUUAGUGUGAGUGUGCGUGUGAGUGUGCGUGCAUGGGCAUGUGUGAGUUGAGGUUCAAUUACUAUGAAUCAAGCUAUGAAAUUGUUUAGUCAGUUUUGCAGAGAUCAGAUGUGUAUCAGAUAUGCAAAAAAAAAAUCAGAUCUGAGUCACAUCAGACUGCCUGUCUAAGCAUGGCUUUUGUAUACCUGUGUUUUAUACCGUGUGUGUUGCUCCACAGUUUACUGAUGUUUUACCUCAUGUUCUAUGUGACAGGUCUUGUGAAUUAAAAAGUGUUGUUUUUCAAAUGACACUGAAUGAAAUUCUGAUUCAGUGUAUAUGUGAUCUAGAAAUCUGAGUAAUGUUUGUAAUAAAUAAAUACAAAAAUC